AUGGCGGCUGGCUCCUACCUCCUUUAUCAGCUGCUGCGCUACGACGGCACGAAGCUCCAUGUGGUUGUGUACUGCUUUGGAAGGAAUUUCGCAUACUUGUCUGACAAGAGGGCACGAACGGUGACAAAAUAUGAGGGUGGGUGUAAUAUUGGAAGGGCUAUGAUAAAUUUGGCUGGGAGUGGAAUGAAGGGGUAUAUCAUCAUCGAUAUGGCAAGACAAUUUAACGAACCAUCGAAUGAUUUUGUGCCCUCCCCUGAGUGGGGCAUCAUUAUGUUGUCAUCCCCGCACGAAGAUAACUUCAAAGCAUGUGCGGAGCAGGAGGGUGCUAUCAAAAUCAUCAUGAAUUGCCCCGAUGAAAACAACGUGAAGGCGAUGUGUGCGUGGAGGACGCGCAAUACGACUGAAGAGGAGCAGGUGGAGUAUUGGAGAAGGAUGCACAUGCGCAUGGAUGACGUCGGACCGAUUUCACGAUGCAUCUUUCAAUUCAAUGAGUAUGAGGACCGCGUGGAGGAAAUCAAGAACAUCCUGGAAGGUAUCGACGCUUCAAAUGCUAAACAUUAUGGGAUGAUUGGAGGUAUGGAAGAGUGA